AUGGCGUGCGGGAGGGGCUUCGCGCGCCGGGGGGCGCUGGACAGGCACAGGAGUGACCACCGACAGAGUGACCACCCGAGUGACCACCGACAGAGUGACCAUGGCCGGAGUGACCACCAGAGUGACCACAGCACUGACCACUGGAGUGACCACGGACAGAGUGACCACAGCACUGACCACUGGAGUGACCACGGACAGAGUGACCAGGGACAGAGUGACCAUGGCCGGAGUGACCACCACAGUGACCACCACAGUGACCACCGGAGUGACCACUGCCGGAGUGACCACGGACAGAGUGACCACAGCACUGACCACUGGAGUGACCACGGACAGAGUGACCACAGCACUGACUACCAGAGUGACCACUGGAGUGACCACGGGAGUGACCACCGCAGUGACCACAGACAGAGUGACCACAGCACUGACCACCCGAGUGACCACCGACAGAGUGACCAUGGCCGGAGUGACCACCAGAGUGACCACAGGAGUGACCACCGAAAUGACCAUGACCAGAGUGACCGCAGACAGAGUGACCACGGGAGUGACCACGGACACGGGAGUGGCCAAGGGAGUGACCACAGUGCUGACCACGGCUCUGGGCACAGCGCUGACCAAGGCAGCGGUCAGUGGGGUGGCUCCGGACAGCUGGACAUCAGUAAUGGUCAGCGGGAGCACGGCAGUGGUCAGCGAGGUGGCCGCAGGCAGAGGAGUGACCACAGCAGUGGACAGAGCAGCUCCGGACAGAGGAGUGACCACAGCAGCGGUCAGCAGGGCGGCUCCGGACAGCCGGACACGGACAGCGAUGACCACCACCCCCCCCAGAGCAGCGGUCAGCAGCGGGGCAGCGAUGACCCCAGCGAUGACCACGGUGAUGACCACAGCAAUGACCACGGUGAUGACCACUGUCCACUCACCUGCCCGGACUGCGGCCAAAGCUUCGCGCUGAGCGUCCACCUGCAGCGGCACGGCCGCGGCCACACCGCAGUGACCAGUGCUGGCCAUGCUGUGGUGACCGGAACUGGCCGGAGCUGUGCUCAGGCCACACUGACCAGCACCAGCUGUGCUGCAUUGACCAGCCCUGCCCAGGCCACGCUGACCAUCCCUGGCCGGAGCUGUGGCCAUGCUUCACUGACCAGCAUCAGCCACGCCACACUGACCAGCACUCCCCAGGCCACGCUGACCAGCACCAGCCAUGCUGCACUGACCAGCACUGCCCGGACCAAGCUGACCAUCCCUGCCCAGGCCACGCUGACCAGAACCAGCCACACCACGCUGACCAGCCCCAGUGAUGCCAAGCUGACCAGCCCUGCCCAGGCCACGCUGACCAUCCCUGGCCGGAGCUGUGGCCAGACCACACUGACCAUCCCUGCCCACGCCGCGGCCUCGCCGCCCGAGUGCCUGGACUGCGGCCAACCCCCGGCGCCGCAGCCUGGCUGCCGCCGCUCCGGCCACUCCGGCCACGCUGACCACAGUGACCGCACUGACCACACUGACCACAUUGACCACACUGACCACACUGCCCGCAGUGACCGCACUGCCCGCGCUGCCCGGCGCCGCUGCGGCCGCCCGGCCGUGGCCAACACGUGCGGCGAGUGCCGGCAGAGCUUCGGGCAGAGCUCGGACCUGGCCAAGCACCGGCGCGUGCACACGGGGGAGCGGCCGUACGCCUGCGGCCUCUGCGGCAAGCGCUUCAACGUCAGCUCCAACCUGAGCCGGCACCGCCGCACCCACACGGGCGAGCGGCCGCACGGCUGCGCCGACUGCGGCAAGCGCUUCAGCGACCGCUCCACGCUGCGCCAGCACCGCCGCACCCACACCGGGGAGCGCCCCUACGCCUGCGGGCUCUGCGGGAAGCGCUUCGGCCGCGCCUCGCACCACAAGCGCCACCAGCGCACCCACGCCGGGGGGAACGGGGGCACUGGGGGGACUGGGAGCGCCAUGCAGGGGUGGGGGGUCCCCAGGCAGGGCUGCUGA